CGCCCGAUAGGGGCGGGCACGGGGAGGAGCGCGUCGGGCCGGGCCGGGCUGGACCGGGCGGCGCCAGAGGGGCUAGGGGGAGCUCUGCACCUGAUACACCGAGGAGGCAGCGCGGCGAAGGAGGGAGGGAGGGAACGACGCUACCCGCUGCCUGCGAAAGCUUGUGCUCGCCGUUAGUCAGCGCUGGUUUCGCUGCUCUUCUCUCCUCCCGCCCCUUCGGCGCGGAGCUGGGCUUUCGCUCCUGUUUCCCUCGGGGCUGCCGGCAGCGCGUCCUCUUUCUCCUCCUCCUCCGUCUUCCCUACGGGCCCUAUGGCUUCGUCCGGCAGCGGCAUGGAGGAGGUGCGCGUCUCGGUGCUGACCCCGCUGAAGCUCGUUGGGCUAGUGUGCAUCUUCCUGGCGCUGUGCCUGGACCUGGGAGCCGUGCUGAGCCCCGCCUGGGUGACGGCGGAUCACCAAUACUACCUGUCCCUCUGGGAGUCCUGCCGCAAGCCCGGCAACUUGGACAGCUGGCUCUGCGAGUCGACGCUGCACAGCGACUGGCAGAUAGCUACUCUUGCUUUGUUGCUGGGUGGUGCUUCCAUUAUUCUCAUAGCUUUCCUGGUUGGGUUGAUCUCUAUCUGCGUGGGAUCUCGGAGGCGGUUCUACAGACCAGUUGCAGUCAUGCUCUUUGCUGCAGUUGUUCUUCAGGUGUGCAGCUUAGUCCUUUACCCAAUCAAGUUCAUCGAAACAGUCAGCUUGAAAAUAUACCAUGAGUUCAACUGGGGCUAUGGCCUGGCUUGGGGUGCAACUAUAUUUUCAUUUGGGGGUGCCAUUCUUUAUUGCCUGAACCCUAAAAACUAUGAAGACUAUUACUAGAAUCAUUUAAUGAAAAAAAAAUAACAAAAGGAUUACCCCAUAUUUUCUAACUCACAGUUUUUUUAAAACACUUGUGGAGCACCAAACAGUCUGCUCUGUUGAUAAAAUAGCCUUUGCCUUUUGGGUGUGAACAUUGUAACCAGCUUUUACAACCAUUUAAAAGAACUGCAGAUCCUAGGAUUGCCGAUCUUACAUAGGCAGAUGCUGCAAGCUGCUGAUACAUAAGCUUCAUUUUUCUGACAACAAGCAAAAGGAUCUACGUGACAGCGAUCAUUGUGGAAAAACUAGUUGGAACGAGAAUGCAAUGCCAGCAUCUGCUAUUGCCUUCAGGAGAGCAGCUGAUACAAGCUCCAUUUAGAAGGUUCCCUGUAUCAUAGAGGAGUCAGAUGUCUGAUAAGCAGGCAAUGGCAUCUUGUACAAUAGGCUGUGUUGGCCCCUUGUUACAUGCUCAACAAAGCUCUUAAGGAAUUAGUUGCAAGUGACUGUGUUGAGGGCGGUGAAUGUAACUGGUUAAUGACGUGUCUAAUAUCUGCAUUCAGCAGUCUUCUGGGAGCAGAAUAAAAAAAAGAACCCCAAAACAAACAGGCCACCAACCUCACAGGAUUUCAUGAAUUGGUAAUUGAGAUCACUAUGCCAGCUGUAGCAGAUUGUUGAAGGGAGUCCAAACCUGGAGACGUGCUCCUGACUGUGUAGUCAGAAGUUGUCUCAGCUCUGAGUAUUUUGCUGGAAAGGUGGAGAAAGGGGGGGAGUAGAAAAAGACCUCAUCUGUCCCUGAGGCAUCUAAAAUGUAUGAGUGAGUUGUAGUUGUCCUAAGUACCUGUUUAACUUCCAAAUGCUGUCAUGAAAAGAAUGCGUAUGGAACGAGUUCAAUUAUAUUUUUGAAAGAUAUUCAUUAGUAUAAAUAUAUAUAAUACAAAUAUAAAUGCAGAGGGAAAGAGAUGAUUAAAGUUGUAGUAUGAGCUGUGAUGCAAUGGUUAAAAUACUAACUUUGUGCACAUUCUUGAAAGUCUUGGAUUGGUACCCUCAAUUUUGGUUGGUGUUACAAAAUAAACAUACAAUGGUUUGUCUUCUGUAUAUGCCCUUGUAGAGACUCUGUGUUAUGGGAAAUGCUAACACAAAGUUCACAUCAUGUUAAGGUAGAAUUGGACAAAGGAACUACUUGCUAUUCCAUGUGUCAUCUAGUACUUACUAAAAAUUCUUUUCUAAAACUGUUCCAAGGAAAAGAACUGCCAUUUUUU